AUGUCUCCACCUCCACCAGUCCCAAAAACAGCCAUCGUCAAACCACUCAGGGGCUGCAGUCAGACCCGUUUGGAACCAAAAUCAGGCCAGCGCCAACGAAACCUCAUUCUCACUGAUCUGACGUACAGCGGCAAAACCGAACCAACUGUUUUUUAUUGGAUCAUUUGGAAUCAAAACUUUCAUCAAUCUGAGGGGUUACACAUCCCCGGAAAGUUGGGAUCCUCGGUCACCUUGCCUUGCAGCUACGAUGUUAACUAUUAUGGUUUACUCUCAGCGUGUUGGGGCCAAGGGUGCACUUCAACUUAUUGCUUCAAUACUCUGCUUACAACUAGCGGGAAGCAUGUCACGAAUUAUUUUGAAUCAAAGUACAGAUUGUAUGGGGCCAUAGAGCGAGGUGACCUGUCUCUAACCAUACACAAUGUGAGCUUGGAAGAUGAGGGCCUGUACUGCUGCCGUUUAGAGAUUCCUGGACUUUUCAAUGACUGGAAACAAGAAAUCACCCUCAGUGUUCGGAAUGAUCCCCCUUUUCAAUGUCAUCCGGAUAACAAAAAUACAGACUCUCCUGCAGAAUGCCGGUCAGACUCCCAACCAUCGGAAGCACACUCUGAUUCCACAUCUUGUCACUUCAUGAACUGGACCAUGACCUUUGACAGGGAGAUGUGCAACAGUUCUGAUGCUGUGCAGAAGAUCAGUGUCCUUUCACAUCUGCUCAGCAAUCUAACAGGUUGGCAGAGUUUAAAGGACAGUGAGAGGCAGAAGGCAGCCAGCAGCCUGCUGCAGGAGAUGGAAAGUGCUGUCAUAACGGCUGCUGUGGGCUUACUCAAGGAGGGACGCACAAAAUGGACAAGCCCCGCCUUAGAUUUCGAAAUAGGUUUCAUUAAAAGGGACAACAUCACAGGAAGUGACACCAUGAUAUUACAAGCCAAAGGGGACACAGUGAGCGUUUACCCCAGCACGGUUAUUGGUGAUGACGCCUCUGUUACACUUGUCUUUAUAUCCUACCGUGAUAUGAACUCCAACAUAGAUGCAAAUUUGGUGGAGGAAGAACACAAAAACCACAGAAAACUCAGAAAACCACAGAAGAGCCAGUUUUGUUCAAAGGUGGUAACUGUGACAAAAGGGAACAGGAAGUUACAUAAACUGAAUGGAACUGUUAAUAUUACUUUCGAGGGGAUUCAAGGGAAAGAGGAAGGCGUCACCAGCGGGGGGAGAGUUUGCGCCUUUUGGAAGACAUUAACAGAAGGAGGCUACUGGUCUACAGCAGGCUGCCAACUCAGGGUUUCGAAUGAUACGCACAUAGAAUGCAGCUGUAGUCACCUGUCCAGCUUUGCCGUGCUAAUGGCUCUCCAUGAGAUAACGGAUCCACUCCAUAACUCCAUUCUCAGCUGGAUCACCUUUCUCGGGUUGCCCAUAUCCUUGUUGUGCCUUCUGGCAUCAAUAGGCACCUUCUUCUGCUGCCAGUCCAUUCAGAACCUAAACACCACCAUCCGAGCACACUUGUGCCUGAGUCUAUUCCUGGCGGAGACGCUUUUCCUGAUAGCGAUAUUCAUUAAUACACAGACGGUUUUCUGUCGCACUGUUGCUGGUUGUUUACACUACUUGCUCCUGGUGGCCUUUGCCUGGAUGUGUCUGGAAGCUGUCCAGCUCUGUCUCAUGGUGCUUAACCUCAAGGUGGUGAACGUCUCCCGCACCCAUGUCAUUCAAAGGAAGCUCAUGUUCCUCAUCAGCUACGGGUGCCCGGCGGUGAUUGUGGUCGUGUCUGCUGCAGUCAACGCCAAAGGCUACGGGACUGACAAACUCUGUUGGUUAAAUCUGGAAGAUGGUUUUUUGUGGAGCUUCCUGGGACCAGUUUGUUUCGUAAUUUUGGUUAAUACAAUUCUCUUCUCAAUUACACUCUGGAUCCUGAAAGGAAAGAUUUCCAGCCUAAACGCAGAAGUUUCAAAAAUUAAGGAAUCGAGGAUGCUCACGUUCAAAGCAAUGGCACAAUUUAUCCUGCUGGGCUGCUCCUGGGUUUUCGGCUUGUUUCAGAUCAACGAGGGGACGAUUGUGAUGUCCUAUUUAUUCACCAUGUUGAACGUUGUCCAGGGCAUAUUCAUUUUCAUCGUUUACUGCUUGUUAAACAACAAGGUGAGGAGAGAAUAUCGGAUGUGGUUUAACAGAAUUUGGCAGCCAAAGAGAAUUGAAACGCCGGAUAAGUACUCUUCCACCUCGAACAUUUACAGUGUGGUGGUACUGACGACCACGAAUGAACCCAUAGCUAAAUCGGAGGCUUCUUGGAUAAAAUCAGACAUUGAGGAAAUGAGGGAGAAGUAGCACAUGAUUCACUGAAUUCCAACCUGGACUCCAGUUGGUUUAAAGAACAACAAUUGGAAUAUGUCAGGACUAACUUUCCCCAGUUUUAAGCAACUUUCUGACAUUUUGAACUAACAGAUCAUUUGAAAAUAAUGCUCUUGUAACACACCUGCUUAUUUCUCCAUGUCUCUCAACAAAUUGUGCUUAUAUAGCGACAUUAACAUAGUAAAAUGUCAUAAGGCUGUCACAGGAGUUCUAUCAAACAAAAUUAGACACCGAGCCACAUGAGGAGUGACCAAAAGCUUGAUCAAAGACAUAGGCUUUGAGGAGUGACUUUAAAGGAGGACAGAGAGGCAGGGAGGUUUCGGGGGGGUGUGGGGAGAGAUCUAGACUUGAGGGUCCAGGCAGCUGAAGAUUCCUCAGUAAUAGAUAAUGUGCACCCCAACAUUCACGUAAAGAAGAAUAAGGUCAGACUCCUAAUGGAUUAAAGUCAUAUUAACCACCUUUUUAACUAGAUCAGUAGAAAGCUAGGACAAUCUUAACUCAACCUGCCUUUUGGGGCAUUGAUGGAAUCAUGUGCAAUGCUGAUUUUACUGACUGAAGUUAAUAUUGGGAUGGAGAAUCGUAGCCAAUUCUGGAACAAGAACACAUUUAACAAGUAAACCGACAUUAAAGGAUGAAGUGGUUGUACUGUAAAGGCUGAUUUGUAAACUGACCAAGUUUCAUAUCCUAACACGACUCAAGGAACCAACGGGACUUCGAGCAACAUUUUUAAAACCAGCCGAGAGCUGAAAGGGAAUUAUUCAUGCAGAGGCACAGAUGCAUUGUAUUAACUCCAGGCAUAUGUUAAACAAGAAAAUAACUGGGAGUAAUCAGGCCGCACAAUGACAUUUACUUAACCAACUGUCCUGUUGUUGAAGUCCUGCGGUUAAGCUGUUAACAGGAUUUACAGCUUAAUGAGUAGCGGCCAUGGUUCAACCCAAUCUGAACUGGCUGCCUCAUUAUUUGGAAGUGUUAAUAUCAAAAUUGUCCCUGGAGUUGAACUCAUUCAGCAACCUUUCAGAAUCCUGGUAAGCUGAGAGCUUUUCCCAUCAUAGCACCUUUGUGUGAUGAUGGUUGAAUGUCGACCAGAGCAAGGAUAUUUCCCUGUGUGAUAAUGGGCUAUUCACUGACUCAGGAUGGGGAGAUGAUCAAUUCAAGAUGGUACAAGCAAAAGUAGUGGGGGGGUGGUUGUUGUGUCAAUCCAUUGUCAUCAGUAGGAUCUUUGUGUUAUAAGAACUGUGUGCUUAGGGUCAAAUUGGGACAAUUUACAAUUGUGGACUCAUGGAUGGAUCUGAUCGUUGUACAGGUGGACACACACUCCUCCGAGUGAUCCCCAGCAUAAGUGGUGUUUGAAAUUAAAAAGUGUUAAAGGGAACAAUGAAUGUGAGACUUCCUUGAAGUUCAAGGUAACUGCGUGCGAGUUAUACCAGGACAUGCUGGGAAUACUCAGCGGGUCAAGCAGCAUCUGUAGAGGGAGAAACAGAGUCGACGUUUCAGGUCAUGACCUUUCAUCAAAAGGGAACAGAAAGCAAUGAAGGUGAACAAGGUAGAAGAGGAACAACAGGAAUCCUGGCAGAGGGGAGAGUAGAAUUUCUUUAGGCGGCCUUUCCUGGAAGAGAAGUGGCAGUGAAUGAAACACUCAUGCAACGGCAAAAUACUGUGGGCAUGAGGGAUCCGAACUAAAUACAGAAAAUGUUGGAAAUACACAACUGGUCAGGCAGCAUCUGUGGAGAGAAGAAGAGAACCCGAUUAAAUAGGAGAAGGGGAAUAGGAUGAAAGGUCACAGACUUGUAAGGUUAAAUCUGUUUAUCUCUCCACAGAUGCUGCCUGACCUACAUAGCUUUUUAAAUUUGUAACAGUGUUUGUGAGUACCAUUUGAAGUUAAAGGGAACAGUGUUUGUGAGUACAGUUUGAAGUUAAAGGGAACAGUGUUUGUGAGUACCAUUUGAAGUUAAAGAGAACAGUGUUUGUGAGUACCACUUGAAGUUAAAGGGAACAGUGUUUGUGAGUACAGUUUGAAAUUAAAGAGAACAGUGUUUGUGAGUACCAUUUGAAAUUAAAGGGAACAGUGUUUGUGAGUACAGUUUGAAGUUAAAGGGAACAGUGUUUGUGAGUACAGUUUGAAGUUAAAGGGAACAGUGUUUGUGAGUACAGUUUGAAAUUAAAGGGAACAGUGUUUGUGAGUACAGUUUGAAGUUAACGGGAGCAGUGUAUGUGAGUACAGUUUGAAGUUAAAGGGAACAGUGUUUGUGAGUACAGUUUGAAGUUAAAGGGAACAGUGUUUGUGAGUACAGUUUGAAGUUAACGGGAGCAGUGUAUGUGAGUACAGUUUGAAGUUAAAGGGAACUGUGUUUGUGAGUACAGUUUGAAGUUAACGGGAGCAGUGUAUGUGAGUACAGUUUGAAGUUAAAGGGAGCAGUGUAUUGAUGUUUGUAUGUUAUCCAUGGGACAAUGUAGAGUUAAAAGAAUACCCAGUUGUGGGCCUUGGCCAUUUUGCCCCAUUUGGAUGGGUUUAGGUUGUUACUCACAAUAAGAGGUUGUGGUGGAAAAAUUAAUCCAGGCUGGUCUGCUGGUUCAAGCUGAUUUAUUUUCAAGACAACUCCUCAAUGCUACUGACCUCCAAGUAGCUUCCAUACAAAGCUGAGUCUUUUUAUCCCGUUUAGAUGGGAUAAUCAAUGCCCAUCACCUGUUUAGCUAGCAAUUGGUUUUAACAAGGUGAUUGCCAUUUUAACACAGGUCAGACCCUGGAAUUAGUGUACAAGACGGGAGAUUCAGAUUCACCUACUUACAGAAUAAAACUGGUGUUGGGUCUCAUGAAAAUUAGGUUAAAAUGAUAACCACAACUGGAAAAAGUGAUGGGAAAGGUGAAUUAGUACUUCAUUCUGUCUAAUAGAGAUAAACCUAGAGAAUAUAAGAAGACAAUGAAAUCACAAAUUGAGUUGGGGUCACAUGAACAGAACAGCAGAGUACAGAUCUACAGAGGCUGCUUAAGACUUUACAAUACACUGAGCAGAUCUCAAGUAAAGCACAACUUUGGCGACCAUGGGGGUAAGAUGAAUCUAACCCACCACCACCCCUGCAAAGCCCAUCAUAGACAUAGAAGGGAAUGGGCAAUCAAAGUGCGCGAUGUGUAAAACUUGUGUUCUAUCCCUCCAGUCUGACCCUAUCCAUGUUUCAAAAAAAUAAUGAUACCUGCUUUGGACACGAGUAAUAAAAAUUAUUCAGAGGGCAUAUUGGCAAUGAAGCAGGAGGAAAGUUUAACAGGGAAGGCAGUUAAGAGAGGGGCCGAAUGUUAACUACGAAUUUGCAUUUCAAAGAUAAACCCAAAAUAUUGGUUCAAUGUAAGUCAGGCCAAUUGGACGUCAAUUUAAAUUUAGGUGAUAUGAAAAGUAUAUUUAAAACAUAUCUUAGAUCUCUGUCAUUUGAUAUAGUGUUAGGAAAGUGCUCGGUAG